AUGAAGUUUGGUCACCACUUAAAAACUUCUCUGUAUCCAGAAUGGACUUACUACUACUUGGCUUACGACGAGCUUAAACAUGAGUUAAAAACUCGAACCCGUGGUGGAUAUUGGAGUGAAGACGACGAGAAAUCUUAUUUUGAGCUACUUGAAAAGGAACUCGAUAAAGUUUAUAAUUUCCAGACUGUAAAGUCCGGGGAAAUAAACAGGAGAAUUCAGCAUAGUGAGAAAGUCAUAAAUGACGUCACGGAAACAAAGAGUGCGAAAGAAGAAGAUUAUCUUGAAAUCGAAGAAGAACUUUCAAAUAUAAUCGCGGACGUUCAUGACCUUGCCAAGUUCACUCGGUUGAACUAUUCAGGUUUCCUGAAAAUUAUCAAGAAGCAUGAUAAACAAACCAAAUGGAUUUUAAAACCUAUGUUUAUGGUUCGAUUGAAUGCCAAACCUUUUUAUAAGGAAAAUUAUGAUGCGUUGAUCGUUAAAUUAUCGCGUCUCUAUGACAUUGUUCGUACUCGUGGCAAUCCAGUUAAGGGUAACUCUUCUGCCGGCGGUCAACAACAAAAUUUUGUUCGCAAUACCACAAAAUAUUGGGUUCACCAGGAUAAUAUUACGGAACUCAAACUUUUGAUUCUGAAACAUCUUCCCGUGUUGGUAUUUAAUCCUAAUAAAGAGUUCGAGUCUGCGGAUUCGGCCAUCUCCUCAAUAUAUUUUGAUAACGAAAAUUUUGACCUUUAUCUUGGUCGAUUGGAAAAGACUGAAGGAGCCGAAGCGAUUCGUUUAAGGUGGUAUGGAGGAAUGGAUAAUAGAGAAAUCUUUGUUGAACGUAAAACACAUCGCGAAGAUUGGACCGGUGAAAAAUCGGUAAAAGCGCGUUUCCCCAUUAAGGAGAAAUACGUAAAUAGAUACCUUCAAGGGCAUUAUACUAUGGAUGAAACAUUUAAAAAAUUAAAACAAAAGGGAAAGGGUGACAAGGAAAUUGAUGGUCUCAUUCAACUCGCUAAUGAAGUGCAAUAUCGUGUGCUCACUAAAAAACUAAAACCAGCGGUUCGAACUUUCUAUAACCGUACGGCUUUUCAAUUGCCGGGUGACGCACGUGUUCGUAUAUCACUCGAUACUGAAUUAUCUAUGAUACGGGAAGAUAAUUUCGAAAAUAAUCCAAGACUUCGUUCUGGUGAUAACUGGCGUAGAAUGGAUAUCGGAAUAGAUUAUCCAUUUUCACAGUUACCUGAAGAGGAUAUUGAGAGGUUCCCUUAUGCUAUUCUGGAAGUUAAAUUGCAAACUCAAUUUGGGCAAGAGCCGCCGGAAUGGGUUAAAGAAUUAGUACAGAGUCAUUUGGUUGAGGGUGUUCCUAAAUUCUCAAAAUUUGUUCAUGGAGUUGCCACUCUUAUGGAGAAUCGUCGAAUUCAGUUAUUACCCUUCUGGCUUCCACAAAUGGAUAUUGAUAUUCGCAAACCACCAAGCAAGUUCCGCCUUCAACGCCCUACCGCCAGAACACCAUUACUUGCACGAGCUGAUUCUUCAAGUCAUGGUACUCGAUCACGUAAUGCACAACAAAUUUCCUCACUUGAAGAACUUGAAGAAUAUUUAGCAGCAACUACACCAGCUGGAAAGGUUCCUAUAACUUACCAAGGAAAGAGAAUCGCGAUUCCCGUUCGCGUAGAACCUAAAGUUUAUUUUGCCAAUGAAAGAACUUUCUUAUCAUGGCUAAAUUUUACGGUAGUUUUGGGUGGUCUUGCAGUCGGAUUAUUGAACUUUGGUGAUAAAAUUUCCAUAACUGCAGCAUCUAUGUUCACUGCCGUUGCAAUGAUGGUGAUGUUAUAUUCUCUUGGAACUUACCUUUGGCGUGCAAAAAAAAUCAGAAACAAAGAACCUGGACCAUACGAUGAUCAAUAUGGACCCACAUUUCUCUGUGGGAUACUGUUAAUUGCUGUAGUUGUCAACUUUUGGUUGAGAUUGUUGGAAGAUUCUUCCUGA